AUGGCUACAAUAGCCGGUCCCGUUUUAGACGCAGCGGAUCCGGGAUUCCAUCUCUUCGGUAGAUUAAUCGACAACGGUAGCGCUCCAAACUCACCAGUCUCAUCCCAGCCGUUGGCGUGCGACGCAAAUCAAUCUCCACCGUCGUCUCUUCGUCAAGGGCCUCGACCCCGUGCCGAAGAUAACGCUAUUCUCGAUUCCGCGAUUCGUCAGACCUCGAAUGACUUUCGCAGAACCGCCGCGGCCGCCACUGCUGCAGAGAAUAGAGGAGAGGAGCGCGAGGACGCAGAGGGGAACGACCGGGAGGAGGAGAGCUCUGAGUCCCAAGACGCGUCGGUGGAGCGGGCGAAACAGGAAGAGCAGGAGCGGGAGCUGCAGCAGCAGGAGGGGGAGGGGCAGAAGCAGGGGGAAGGAGGUUGCGAGUUGAAGCGUCCAACUACCCCGCUGCCUUGUCCCCGUUGCAAGAGUCUCGCUACCAAGUUCUGUUACUUCAACAACUACAAUCCGAACCAGCCGCGCCACUUCUGCCGAGCCUGCCAGCGCUAUUGGACGGCCGGUGGCAAUCUGAGAAACGUGCCCGUGGGCUCGGGCCGGCGAAAAAGCAAGGUUUUGUCACACCCGCAACAGCAACAGGGUAACCAGCAGCACCAGGCGUCGCAUCAGGAAGCCCAGGCUCAAGCUCUCGCCGCUGGCGAUCCAGCCGCCGGCGUCUCGCCAGCAACGCUGCUCGCCGCAGCGGCGGCGGCGGCGGCGGCAGCGACGGCAGUCCAUUCCCCUGCCGUCGGGGCAACCAAUCCGUUAAUGCCAGGUGUCGCCAGUCCCUUUCUCUCCGCUCUUUCCGGCGCGUCCCACGCUCUCUCCGUGCCCUCCGCGGCGUUACCUGCAGCGUACGGUCUCCCCCCAGCCGCGCUUUCCUCGCACGGAGCUUUCCCUCAGGCGGAUCUCUUGCGCCAAGGCGUUCCCCCAUACUCCCCGGGCCUCUCCGCGGGUCUCUCUCCCGCCAAUGUGGCAGCGGCGGCGGCUGCGCGGACCAUGGCGCUGGCGGCGGGCGCGGGGCACGUCCCUGCGGGGAUCUUUCCGGGGAUGGGCGGAAUGGGUGUGGGUAUGGGCAUGGGCGCGGGCAUGGGGGGCGCUGCUUCCGAGUACGCGGCCGCGGCUGCGGCUGCAGCUGCUGCGGCGGCGGCGGGCCAAGGAAUGUCCUCUGCCGCUGCGGGCCAGGAAAUGGCGUCUGCGGUUGCAGCAGCCGCCGCCGCCAUGGCUGCUCAAGCUGCUUCCGAGGCCCCUUCGUUCUCUCAAUCAGGAUGUGAGAUGACUCUUGCACCACCAGCACCAACAGGAGGAGCAGCAACACUGGCAGCAGGAGUGGAUGGUGCAGAGCGGAUGGAGAAGCAGCGGCAAGCGGCAUGGCUGGCCGGUGCGUCUGGCACAGGAUUAGGACAGGCAGUAUGGCACAGCACUGGAUGGGAAACCUUCCGUGCUGCAGCUGCCACAGCUGCUGCUGUUCCAUCCAUAGCAGGCAGGCAAGGCGGGUUAGACCACAGUAGAGCUGUCCCCUCUCUGCCCGUUCUCCCCCUUCAGUCCGCCUCUGGUUCCACCUCCCCUCCUCUCCUGCAUCAAGCACUUGCAGCUGCUGGCUCUGCUGCUACAGCCGCUGCUACAGCUGCUGUGACUGUCCCUACCACAGUUGACACUCAAGCUGCUGCUACAGCGGCAGGGCAGCACAAGAGGCCGCCAGGCAGUGGUGGUAACCAGGUGGUGGACUAUCUCGGGAGGAGCCCUCCUGAGCAGCACCACCAGCAGCAGCAGCAGCCUGGGGCAGGCGGGGAGGAGCCAGCUGCUAAGAGGCUGUGCGUGGGGGCUUCUGGAGGUGAUUUGGGAGACGGUGGAAAGGAGAAGGCAGGGCAGGAGGGUGUGCAUAACAUGUCGAGAAGGCGGAAGCGACACAGCUAUCAGGAGUUCAACCCUCCCACCUCCCGUGCUCCUAGUCUCGCCCGAACCACCCCUCCCCCGGCACCUCCCCCCAACGUCCCUCCGCCCCUCGCCAUUCCCAUCUCCUUUCUCAACUUCCGCCCACGUUCCCGCUCCCCCAAUCCCGCGCGCUCCGCCUCCCCCUCUGGGACGCGCUCCCGCUCCCGUUCUCGGUCGCGCUCCCCGCACCGCCCCUGGCGCUGGUUCUCCGCCGACGCGCAAGACUCCCCGCGCCAACCCCCUUCCCCCGGCCCUGCCCCCGACCGGGGGGGCGGUGUCCCCGCCGCCGCUGCCAGCGCAGGCGCAGGCUCCGCAGGUCCUUUUUCCGCGGCUGCUGUGAGGGUGACGGGAUUUUUCACUAGGCCGCACUUCCGAAGCAGUUCUCCAGGUCCGGUCCGACCCAGGGCGCCCGAGCCUGAGGCGAAGGUAUGGGAUUAUCCCGCUCCUGCAACGAGAGAGCUGGUGUCGUUUCGUGAGCUGGUGGCUGGCGCGAGAGAGAGGACGCACGCUAAGGCACAAGCGGAGAUUGCUAGUAACGCGGAUUUGUUUUCAGGCGAACCGGCACGACACCAGCGUGUGGAAUCGAAUCAGCGAGACCUUAUAGCGGGUACACACGUGGACAACCUUACUGGAUCCUCGAUAGAGCCUGUAGAGCGUUCGAGUAGGGAAACAAAGAAUCCUCCAUCUAUUCCACCACUUUCAGCUUAUAGCGGGGGUAACGCGGGCAGGGACCCCAGCAGUGAUCCGUACUACGUGCCUGGUGCCGCUUACCUCGACAGCUUUCAAGCUGCCAGCGCGGAGAAAAGGAAACCUGCGGAGGAACGGCGGCAGCGCAGGAAGGCGCGGGCUGGUGGGGAUGCAGAUGUAGCAAGGACUGGCGGCGGUGGUAGCAGCGGCGUUGGUAGCAGCGGUGGCGUUGGCCCCAGCAGCAGAGGGGGAGGUGUAGGGGCUGCAGCGGAAAGUGGGUGGGAGGAGGGGUGGGUGAGUCCAGAGGAGAAUCCGUAUCUGAGGCCCGAAGGGAACUACUACAGCACUCCGGUGGCUGGCAAAGGAAGGAAGGAGAGAGAGGCGUUUCGAGAGAGUGAGCAACAAGAGGUGGCUCGAGAUGGUGAGCGGAGGGUGGUGGUUCCUGAAGGGAAGCAGGGCGGGUUAUCCCCGGACGAGCAGCAAGGGGGGUUGCUGUCCCCUGAAAGGGGCCAGGGAGGGUUGUCCCCUGAUGGGCGGCAAGGGGGGUUGUUGUCCCCUGAUGGUGCGAGUUCCGACAGCCACAUUGACGCGUCCUCCCCACUGCCCCUCCCCCAAACGUACCUUCCAAACACUGACUAUGCCAGAUAUGCUGGGUAUGGGGGGUAUGGCAGCUGCGGGAGUGACUCCUCCCCCACCAUGUUUCCCCCUCACCUCCCCUCGCACCCCCACGAUCCCGCGUGCCUGUUGCCCCGGUCUCACCCCCACGCGCACCACACUGUUUCUGACCAGCGCUCUGAUGCCCCCCCACGUGACUCGCAGCAGCACUACCCUCUCUCCCGCCAACCACACGCUUCCCAGCAGCAGCAGCAGCAGACGCAGCACCAAGCCUACCAAGGCCCCUCCCACCAGCAACAGCAGCAGCAGCACAACGCCCCGCCGCCAGCAGCCUACCUGCUGCGCAGGACGCCCUCCGCUCUGAACCGCUUCUCCCUGCCACGCAAGCCCGGGGAAGAGGACGAGGAGGAGCAGCACGCGCGGGGCACGCGGUCCAAGCGGCAUGCAGAGAGUGGCCUUGCGCGGAUGAGCAGCAGAGGUAGACAGGAGCAGUGGGAGGAAACGGGGGGCCCGAGGGGGGGAGGCGAGGCGAUGGGAGGGGAGCAGAGGGAUGGGAUGGAGGAGGGGGAUGGAGUGAGUGAGGUGCCGUUUCACGAGAUAGUGGCGGGAGCACGGCUGAGGUCUGACUCCUCCCUCUCCGUGUCGCACAACUCCCUCUCCAUGUUGUCGCAUAAGUCCCUCUCUAUUCCCUCGCAUGCAUCAGCUGAGCAACAGCCGCCUGCAGCACCAUCCGCCCCCGUUCAAUCCACGUCCGCUGCUGACGUGGCUCCGUCCCUCGUCUCGUUCGUGCCUCUCUCCCUGAACACGUAUAGUGAGGGCGGGUUGGGGGGAGAGGAGGGUGCAGGCGGGGUGGGUGGUGGGGGAGGGAAGGGGAGAAGAGGAGGGGUGGGGGGAGAGGAGAAAGCAGGGGAGAGGGAGGGGGAGUGGGAGGGGGAGAGGAUGUGGAAGGACGGCGCUGAGGAGGAGAGGGCGGGAGAAGUGAUGAAAGGGCCCGAAGGGAGGAGAGGGGGGCGAGCAGGAGGGGCCUUAGGUGGCUGGUCGAAAGGGAGGAGAGGGACAUCGGAGAUUGAAGAGGUGGUGGAAGGGGAUGGGGAGAGGGCGGACGGGCAAGGAGAGAGGUGGGGAGAGGGGGUGGGAGGAGAGGGAGAAGAAAUGAGGUGGGCGAGGAGGGAGGAAGGGAGGGACUUGUCGAAGGUAGACAGGUGGGCUGCGGAGGGGAGGGAUGUGGGGCAGCAGGUGCAUGAAAACGAAGACGACCCUUGGAUGCAGCGGCUGGGGCUGCUUCAGGUGAAACCUCAGGUGGAAGCUCAGGUGGAACUAUUAGAGCAUGCGGACGUGCAUGCUAGCGGGAAGGAGCGCAGGGAAGCAGUGACAGGAACUGAGGAUCAGGAAGAGGGGGGGUACAGGGAGAGGAGUGAGAGGUUGGAGGAGAGGCAGAGGCUGUAUGAGGAGGGGCUUAGGCGGGUAGAAGCAGAGCAGCGAAUGGAGGGUGCGCGGGGUGGUGGUGGGGUUGGUGAUGGUGGUUACAGCAGUGGGAUGGAUGGGCAACGCCAUGCCAGUCCAUCCAAUGAUGUGAAUGAGCGCAGUAGAGGGCUCUCGAACGGCGCAGGUGCAUCAGACGGUGGUGGUGCUGCUGCUGCUGCUGCUGCUGCUGCGGUUCCCAUGGAUGUGAGUGCAUCUGGUGAUGCUGCUGCUGCUGCUACAGCAGUUCCCCUGCAUGUGUAUGCAUCGGAACCAGCCGAUCUCAAGCCACAUGCCAUGGGCGCCCCGUCUGACCUGCUGCCGCCUGCACAUAAAGCCAAGGGGCACCAUGCCAUGGCUUACCACCAGCACAGCGUUACUCAUCCCCACACACCAAUUCACCCAUCGAGCCCCACCACCGUUCUGCACACCUCUCAUUCUCACACUGCUCACACGCACACUGCUCACGCACACACGCAUCCCCACUCGCAGCUGCUCUCGCCCGCACACCCCCAGUCACACGCCCUGCUCCCCACCAGUCCGCCUGGCGACCCCUUCGCACCCCUGCCUGCUGCUCUGCGCGCUGGGCUGCUCAGACGGCUAAAGGAGGCCGACUCUGCUACCCCCCUUAAGGACAGCCUAUUCACUGCUACUGCCGGCCCUGCCACCCCUGCCACCCCUGCCACCCCUGCUGCUGCUGCUGGGUCUACCAGCGCUGCUGGUGCAGUGGAUGGGGCAGAUGGAGAGGGUGACGGGCAGGUAGACGCGUCCGGGCAGAGGGAAAAGAUUCAGGAGCUGCCCGGGCGAGGUGGCGGCAGGAGAGGGGGAGCAAGAGCGGCGGGUGUGGAGGUGAGGGAUGGGGAGAGGAGGGAAGUGGGGAGGGGGGGAAAGAGAGGCGAGAGGGGGGAGGCAGGGGCGGAGCCAGGGGAGGGGGGCGAGAGGGCAGGUACAGGGGAGGAGGAAGGGGGCAAGGGGGAAGAGAGCGCGGUGCAGCAGAGUCUGAGGCAGUUAGAGCAGGCGCUGGCGGCGGGGAGAAUGCCCGUGGACGCUGCUGCCCUCCGCCACGAGCUGCUGCUGCUCAUGGGGGGCGGCCAGGGGGAGGCUGGGGGCGGCCGGGGGGGGAUUGGGGGAGGUCGGGGGGAGAUUGGGGGAGGCGGGGGGGAGAUGGAAGCCGGCAGGAGGGAGUUCGGGGGAGGCAGGAGCGGAAUGGGAGAUGGCGAGAUGGGGGUGACGAUGGGGGGACGGGGGGAAGAGAGGGUUGGGGGAAUGGGGAUGAGGGGGCGAGGCAGGUGGGAGGUGGGGGGUGAGGGGAUGGAGCAGCGGUGGGAGGGUGGAAAGGAAGAGGGGGAGAGUGAGAGUGGACGGGAGGAAGGGGAGAGUGAGGGAGGCCUUGGGAGUGAGGGGGGAGGAGAGGUGGAAGAGUAUGGAGGGGAGUUGUGGAGGGACGACAGCAGUGCAGAUGCCUCCACCGCUGCUGCCGCUGCUGGUAGUGCCAGUGUUGCUGCUGCUGCUGGUAGCACUGCGAUCGGUGCCCAAGGUAGAGGUGAGGGCCGAGAGGAGAACAUGUGGGAGGGUGGUGUGAGCGAUGAGCGACGGCAGCAGGUAGUGGCGCUAGAGGCUCGUGAGAAGGUGCAGAGUGGAGAGGGCGAGGGGGAGACGGUGGAGGCGGGUUGGGGAGGCACAGGCGUGAGUGAGGGAGGGGAGGAUCCGGAGGGGACUGAGAAGGUGCAGAGAGCAGAGAGCAAAGGUGAGAUGGUGGACGCAGGGUGGGGAAGUGAGGGAGCGAGAGAGGGAAUGAGUGCAGGCGUGAGUGAGGGGGCAAACGAGGGUAUGAGUGAGGGAGUGAGUGAGGGGGUGGGAGAGGGAGGGGAGGAGGAGGAGGAGGAAUGGAGUGAGGAGGACGUACGUGCUCUGAAGAUGCUGCGAGAGGAGGCUCUACUGCACCCCGUGCAAGCAGUGCAGGCAGUGCAGGGAGCAGCUCCCUCUGAUGCUGGGUCGGUGGGAGGAGGGUUGUUGCCUGCCAGGGGAGGAGAGGAAGGAGGUAGCAUGGGAGGAGGGGGAGGAGGGGGGAGAGGGAGAGGGGGAGCAGAGGGAGCAGGGGGAGGGGGGGCAGGGGGGUUGUCGUCGGCGUGGCACUGGCUGCAGCAGGUGGAGAUGGCAGAGGCUGAUGGGCACGUGCCUGUGGCGCUGCAGCUGUUCGACCUGGCAGACAAGUGCGAUGCUCAGGAGCACGCACAUGCGGCCAGUGAUGCAUCAGCUCCUGCUGCUCCUCCAGCCAAGUCACAGCCCAGUGCUCCUGCUGCUGCUGCUGCAAGAGAGGCACAGCUGCCCACCGCUGCGCACAAUGCGAGCACUGCAGCAGCAACAGCUGAACCAGCCCCAGCAGCAAUAGCAACAGCAGCAGCUGCUGCUUCUCCGUCCCUCCUCUCCAUCACCAGCACUGAACAGCAAUCCACCCUUCCCAUGCUUCCAUCCAACCCCUCCUCCUCCCUCUUCCCUCCUACUGACCCCGCCGGUCUCUCCUCUCCCCCUCCCGCGUCCUCACCCCUCCUCCUACCCCCGUCUGAACUUUCCGCCCUAUCCUCUCCCCUGCCCGCACACUCUCCCCUCCCCCUGCCCCCCCGCCUGGCGCCUGUGCUGCGCCCCUGCCACUCGUCCCACCACCUCGUGGCUGUGUACGAUCUCAAGGGCGAGCGGGUCAGGGGGGAGGAGUGUAGCGAGCUGGGAGGGGGGUCGGGCGAAGGGGGUAGUGGGGAGGAGGAGGGCAGAGAAGCAGGAGCGUGGGUAGGCGAGAGGAUUAGUGGGGAGGAGCAGGGUGGAAUGGGAGGGUGGGAAGGCGAGAGAGACACGGGAGGAAAUGUGAAUCCGGAAUGGGAAGCGGGAGGUAGUGGAACAACAGCAGGGGUGGGUAGGAGCUGGGAGCAAGAGGCAGAGGAAGGAGCAGGGGAAGGGGUGGUGAGGCUGCAAGGGCUUGUGGGAGGAGUGGAGGGAGCAUCAGGAGCAGUAGGAGGUGCGAGUGUGGGGGAUGCAGGAGGGGAGGGAAGGCUGGGUGUGGGAACAGCAGGAGGAGAGGGAGGGGCGAGUGUGAGGGCAACAGGAGGAGAGGCAGGGGCGAGUGUGGGAACUCCCUCACCCAUGAGGGCUUGGAGUAGAGGGGCAAGGGAGCGGGAGCGGGAGAUCACUGCAGGGACUAGUGCAGAAAUGACCAAGGGUUCAUAUGAUGUUGCUGAUACCAUCCCCAGCACAGCAGCGUUUGGAAGCCCAUUCAAGGCAGCAGCAGCGGCAGCAGUAGCAGGAGCCGGCUCAGGUUCCCCUGCCCGCCCCCCCUCGUCUGCUCUGUCCCCCAUAAAGCCGUCCUCGAUAAACGCCGCGGCAGGGGCGUCGGCUGCAGCAGCAUCAGGUGGAGUGGGGUACUGGCCGUCUCCCUCUGCCUCGCCCUCGCCUGCUCGUGCUGCCCGCACGGCCCUCUUCUUUGAAACGGUCAAGAAGGCUGCAGGGGCAACGGCAGAAGCAGCAGCGGCGGAGGGGAGUGGCGCCGGCAGGGAUAGGUUGGCGUUGGGAGAGGGUGCUUCUGCAGGGCGAGGUGGAGUGGGAGGAGUGGAUGGAGUGUCAGGUGUGGGAAGGAGUGGGGGAGGGAUGGGAAAUGGCAGUUCUGGAGUGGGGGGUGGGAGUUCUGGGGUGGGAGGUGGGAGUUCUGGUAAUGGGGGUGGCAGUCCCAGUGUGCUGGAGAAGCUGCGGCGAGCCAAGGCUCAGCUGAUGCAGCUGCAGCAGAACUACCUGAGGGACCCGCCACCGCACUCCACCGCCGCGUACUCCUCGCUUUCAGGUGCUACCACGGGGAAUUCGCCCUCGCUGGAGCUGCAGCCAGAUGUGAGAAGAGCAGAGGGGGUUUCUGGAACUGCUCAGGUGGGAACAACAGCCGCAGCAGGGAGAGAAGGCAUAGAGGCGCGAGGAAGGGGGACAGCAGCAGAAGCUAUUGAGGAAGCCGCAGCAAUGGCAGCAGCAGCGAGAGGUACUGGAAGGAGAGCAGCAGAGGGGGCGGUUGGAGCAGCAGGAGCAGCUGGAGCAGCCACUGGUGUUAGUGUAGGAUCUGAAUCUCCUGCCUCUUCCCCCCACAUCAUCUCCCUCCCUUCUUCUGCCUACUCCCAUGCCUCCUCUGUCCCUUCCCCUGGGGUCAUCACCCCCCUUUCUCUAGACCGCACCCCCAGCAGCAGCACUCAGAGCCAGCGCUCCGAACCUGACCCGCUGCUGCUUGGCCCGACCCCCGCCCGAACCGACGUGGCUCGGUAUGAGAAGGCUCGGAAGGGCCUGCCGAGUUUGGAUGAGGAGGCGCCGAUUGCGGGGUGGAGUUCGGACGAGGGUUGGGGGAUAGGUUCGAGGAGAAGGGGUGGAGGAGAUGUGAGGGAUGGAGCAGGAGACAAAGCAGGGGAGGGGGUAGAAGCAGGGGCAGGAGAUGGGAGAGAGGCAGGAGGAGCAGCAGUGGAAGGCAGGGGAAGAGAGGAGGGGAAAGCACAUAUUUGUGGGGAGGAGGCAGGGAGAGGAGGAGGAUCGAGCGUACAAGCAGGGUCGCCCGUGAAGGGGGGAUGGAGCAGAGGUUCAGGAAGUGUUGGGAGGGUCGGAGGGUCUUUAGGAGAAAGAACAGCAGCAACACCUGGUGCAAGGCCAGACGAUGGGCGUGUGGGGGCAGGAGGGGGAGACGGAGGAGAAGCAGGAUCAGAAGGGAGGGGGAGUUUGGGAGGAGCAGGCGAAGAAAAGGAAGGAGGGGAUGGGGCGAUGGAUGCAGCAAGUUCCCAGCCAAUGGCGUGGAAAUCAGGAGCGAAUCAGGGCAUGACACUUCAGCAGCGAAUGAGACUAAUUCUCACACAUGAGCAUGCUGACGCCAUACUGGGCCUGGAUGACGUCAGAGGGCUGCAGCGCUUCCCCCGCCAUGCAGCAGACCAUGUGGAGCCGCUCUCCGUCUUCCUCUCCCGCCGCUGCAUGGCCAGGUGGGUGACCUCGCCUUCUCCCUCGUUGCUAGCUAUGGCAUGGCCAGAAUUGAUCUACUUGCGUUCUCCCGCACUCAUGACGUUCAUGAGUUUCUGUGCCUGCCCUCUUUUCCCUUCUCGAUGUCACCGAUGCCCAUUCGUCUGUCUCUCUCCUGGUCCCUCGCUCCCUUUCCGCCCAGUUGCACUCACCUCUCUAGCCCCAUCGUCCCCUCCGUCCCGCCUGUCCCCAUCCACAAACAGCGUUCGAGACAAAUUCCCCUACCUCACUCUCACGCCCCCUCGCCCUGCUCCCUCGCUCCAACCUCCCUUCGCUGGCCCGCCUGCUGCUGCCGCCGCUGCCGCUGCCACUUCUGCCACUGCUGCUGCCACUGGUGAUCAGCCGUGUGGGGUGGUCCUGAAUAGUUCACUUGAGGGAAGAACAGCAGGUGCAGGGGGGGUGACGGAGGGAGGAGAACGGGGCGUGAAGAAAGUAUCUCGGCGGGUGUCUCGAAUCGACUGGCAGAUCAUUCAACAGAGUGUUGUUGCUCCCUUCAAUGCGGCUGGUCUGACAGUCACUCCCCUUCCUGUAUGGUUCACAUGA